UUCCAGGAAGUGAUCAGCGUGACUCUCACUGCUUUACCUUCUUUCUAACUGAACUUGGUUUUUUUUUUUGAUAUUUUCGCCGCUUCUGAUUUCAUUUCUCAGUCGGGCAUUAUGGGUGAAGAUGAAGAAAAAUAUGACGGCAUGUUGCUGGUUAUGGCACAGCAACACGAAGGAGGGGUCCAAGAGUUAGUAAACACAUUUUUCAGCUUUCUUCGCCGCAAAACCGAUUUCUUCACUGGUGGUGAUUCAGGUGCAGCAGAGAAGCUCGUCAAGGAUGCCUUUGCUCACCACAGCAAGCUCGCACUGAAGGCCCACAAAGAGAAGCAGAUGAAACAAGAGAAGGAAAAGAGAGAGAAAGCUGAAAGAGCAGCCAAGCUUGCAGAGGAGGCGAAGAAAAAGAAAAGUGACGACGGUCCAAGAAUCCAGGAGCUGACCGACGAAGAAGCAGAGAAGCUUCAGACGGAGCUUGACAAGAAAAAGAAGGAAGAGGAGAAUACAGCAGCAGCAGAAGAAUCGUCAUCUGACAAAGCAGAGAAAGAGAAAGGCUCUGACUCUGAAGGAGAGGAGGAUGAGAAGGACAAAGAUAAACUGAAGCCUAAUGCAGGGAAUGGAGCUGACCUGCCCAACUACAAGUGGACACAGACCUUAACUGAAGUUGAUCUGGCAGUGCCUUUCAACAUGAACUUCCGCAUUAAGGGGAAAGAUGUAGUGGUGGACAUCCAGCGGCGCUCCAUCAAAGUGGGCCUGAAAGGACAUCCUCCAGUUAUUGAAGGCCAGCUCUACAAUGAGAUAAAGGUGGAGGAGAGCUCCUGGCUCCUUGACGAUGGCAAGGUGGUUACUGUCCACUUGGAGAAGAUAAACAAAAUGGAGUGGUGGAGCAAGAUCGUCACCACAGAUCCCGAAAUCAACACCAAGAAAAUCUGUCCGGAGAACUCAAAGCUGUCAGAUCUGGAUGGAGAGACGCGUGGUAUGGUGGAGAAGAUGAUGUACGACCAGAGGCAAAAAUCAAUGGGCCUGCCUACAUCUGAAGAGCAGAAGAAACAAGAGAUUCUUAAAAAGUUCAUGGCUCAGCACCCAGAGAUGGAUUUCUCUAAAGCCAAAUUCAGCUGAGGCUUCCUGUCAUCAGAGGCUUCACCCGUAGAGUCACGGUUCAUGUGAGUGACGCCGGCGCUGACAUCAGGCACCAUCCAGCUCCCCCUCCAUCUCUCUGCUGGACCAUGCUUUGGUUGACUUCCAUGUCUUAAGUGCAUAGGUUCAUAUCUAAAUAAGAGUUUGAUAAAUGUAACAGCAGUGUUCUCCCUUUGCAUGUUGUUUCCAUAUUUAAAGAUGUGUCUGGAGUUUUGU